GCGACAGGACAAUGCCUCCCUUAAAUGGUGAGCCCCUGAAUGCAUCGUAUCACGCAUACUGAGUCUUGUCGCCGUGUGCAAAAUGUCCUCCUUGAGUAUACUCCCAGCAGGCUCUAAUACGAAAUGGAAGGGGGCUCUCCCUUGGAUUGGAGUGCUGGUGCAACUUGCUGUGUGCCUACCGCAGGCCCUGGGAGCCUACUCGUACCGUUGGGGUUCAUGGGUCGUGGUAUCCGUACUUCUUGUCAUACCCCUUGUCGGAGCCAGCCCGACCUCCGCUUUCCCAGGCGAACAGAGCUCGGAGGGCGGAUUACACGUCCCUCUUUCAGGUAGACCGCCUAGGGUGGUAUUGAAGAUCGAUAAUCUCCUAGGUGGCUUCAAAAGCCGCUGCCGAGGUGUUUUUCUCAGAAACUCUCCUGAAGCAAAGAUAGGAGGACUUGCAACCUCAUACCGGUGAAAGCAACGUGGGAGCUUGAUUCUGUAGUCUUGAUCGAGUACCCUGUGCUGCGG